AUGAACAAUCAAUUCCCGGUUUCAUCGCAGACUACGACUACGACUAUACCUACAGCGCCUUCUCCACCCAGACACUGGCACGGCUCCAUCGGAGACAGACACGAGCAUCAUAACGUCUGGGUGAGAGGUGGUUCUCCCCAGGUUUACUAUCCAGCAAGACGAGCUUCUUCGUCUAGUGAAGCAUCGACGUCCAGUAUGGAUCGACGGACAUCUAGCGCCAAUACCCCCUCCAACCCCAGCAACCAAAACACCGCUCCCCCCAGCGUCGGUGACCGCCGCCGAUCCAGCAACGCGAUGCUUUUCAGCGGAUUGUCAACUCAAAAGAGAGACCCAUUGAAUACCAAUAUGGCGACGAGAAGAGAGAGUUGGAAGGAGCAGUCCAAUCAGGGAGGAUUUUUGUCGAAGUGGUGGGAUGGGUAUACCAAGGGUCAUUAG